AUGACCGUGGCUGCCCUUCACGAGGAAUUCUCAGCUCCAGGGCUAUCUACCAUCAGCGCAGCACUUGUCGACUUGACUGGGCGGCCGAUAUUCUCAAUGACCGGCAAUGCCAUCAGUUGCGGUCGGAUGAUUUCGCUUGCGCAUUGUCUUGGGCUGAACCGUGAUCCGUGUCUUUGGAAAAUGUCUGAGCGGGAAAAAAACAAUCGCAUUCGCCUUUGGUGGGGUGUUGUGAUUCAUGAUCGCUGGGGAAGCUUUGGGCACGGCGUGCCUCCUCAAAUUGCUAAAAACCAAUACGAUGUUCCUUUACCCACUAUCGACGGCUUGUUACCGCAGGCUGGGCGCACCACCGAGCGUGUGCGAGCUGCCCACUGUCACAUUGCACUCUGCCGAUUGACGGAAAUUCUGGGAGAGCUGUUGCCCCUUGUCUAUGGCCUUCAACAGCGCCAGCCCCGCGAAACAUCCAAGAAGAUCCGGCAAAUUCGAACGGAUCUUGACCUGUGGGAAGACUCUCUGCCUGACUGGCUGAGAAUCCCCGUGAAUACGUCAGAGGAUCGCAUAUCCGGGACGAGUAGCUUGCACCUGGGAUUUUUGGCUGUUAAAAUGCUCGUCAGCCGGGUCGAGGUCACCGAGGUCAACAACGCAGAGACCGAGAAUCCCGAAGCUCGUCGCUAUUUUCAGACAGAGUGUCGCAGGUCGGCCGAAGAAAUCGUCCAAUUCAUCUCAUCUCUCCGCAAGGAGAACUUUAAAGAAUUCUGGCUUCCUUACAGCGCCUUUCACCUUACAUCAACAGCCACUCUGCUUGUCCGCAGUGCUCUCGAGACCACCGACGGCGAAGUCGCUCGUUCUUGUCUCGCGAACGUCGAAACCCUACGGACGAUCCUGCGCCGUGUCCGUGAGGAAGAAGACUGGGACGUAGCCGACAUGUGUCUGGACCACUGCGAGCAUAUCCUCAACCGACUUCCCGGGAAUGGCAGCCCUGCUGGUUCCAACUUCGAUGGCAUCGGGCAGCCCGAUAACCGACUAGUCAACCCGGCGGCGAUAUCGCUACCUGAGACGCAGACGAAUAACGAUAUUGUUGACGACAUGAUGUCUAUCUCCGGGACAUUCGGCACAAUGGAUGGGUUCCCGUUCGAUAUGACAGGAAUUUGGGAUGUUUCUGUUUUUCAGGAUGUAAACUUAGGGUGA